GACCAAGCUCUAUGGGAACUCUGUCCCAUCUCUCUGCCUGAUCAGGGGAAGAGGGCAGCACGGCUUUGGGGAGAAUGGAUAAACACGGCGCGAAGGCCCCCUUGUGGAAGAAGGAGCUGGAGGAGCCCCGGGCCAGGGAGGCAGAGGCGGAGGCCGAAGCCGCGGAGGAGGAGUCGGAGUCGGAGUCGGAUUCGGACGAGGAGAGGCCGCCGGAGGAGAGCGCGACCGAGGGCGAGGCCAAGGCCGGCGGUGAGGCGGAGGGCGGCGAGGGCCGUGAGCGGGGCUCGGUGUCGUACUACCCGCUGCGCCAGGAGUCCAGCACCCAGCAGGUGGCGCUGCUGCGGCGCGCGGACAGCGGCUUCUGGGGUUGGUUCAGCCCCUUGGCGCUGCUCGGAGGCCUAGCCGCGCCGGCCGACAGGAAGCGGAGCCCUCCCGAGGAGCCGUGCGUGCUGGAGACGCGGCAGCGGCGGCCGCGCGGCGGGGGCUGCGCACGCUGUGAGAUCCUUUUCUGCAAGAAGUGCAGGAACUUGCACAGCCCGCCGAGCUACGUGGCGCAUUGCGUUCUGGAGCACCCGGAUCUGGGGAAGACGCGGCCUGCCCACGGCGGCCCCUGAGUGCCACCAACCCUCCCGCCCCCAACUCCCUGCCUCUGUAGCCGUUCAUCCUCGCCUCCACCCCAAAUGCCCGCAACCCUCCCCUCUCUUCCCCGACGUCGAUCACGUGCCGCAGAGCCUCCCUUCCGGGGUGCCCCCUCUCGACCAGCAGGCGCAUCCCCGAUGGGGCGGCCCCACCUGUCAUCAGUGCGGAGCCCAACAUCAUCACCUGGAGGUCCGUUCCUGCAACAGCGCCUCCCCGGUCAGCACGCGGUGCCCAUCGCCCACCUGACUCCCGUCCCCUGCCCACAGCCCUCUCACUUGUCUCUUGGGUAUUUCAGGUUCCUUCUGGCACGGUGGGCAGAGGCAUCGCCUGAAGUAAAUAACCCCUCUGGGAAACUUGCCU